AUGGCGGCAAACAACAAGCCCACUUCGGUAGCCAAGGACCUAUUCGAGGACAUGGGUCGCCAGGUCGAGGGCAUGAAGGCUAACACUGAAGACGGCGACGACCAGAGAGUCGUCGAUGAGAUUGAGAGUUUGUGCAUGAACUGCCACGCCGACGGCAUGACCCGCCUUCUUCUCACACGUAUUCCUUACUUCCGCGAAAUCGUCCUCUCGUCCUUCUACUGCCCCCACUGCAGCUUCAAGAACACCGAGAUCUCCUCCGCCGGCCAAAUCCAGGAGCGCGGUUCAAAAUACGUUUUCAAGGUUGAAAACGCCGACGACUUCCAGAGAUCUGUCGUCAAGGGCGAUGGUUGCGCAUUCAGAAUCGAGGAUAUUGAUCUCGAGAUCCCCCAAGGAAGAGGUCAGAUGACGAACAUUGAGGGUAUCCUUGCCGGUGUCAAGGAGGAUCUCUCGCAAAACCAGGAAGCCAGAAUGCAGCAGAUGCCCGAGGCUGGUGCAAAGGUCGCCGAGGUCAUUCAAGCUCUGGGUGACAUGCUCGAGGGCAAAAGAUACCCCUUCACCGUCUCCGCCGUAGACCCGUCCGGAAACUCAUUCAUCCAGCCCUCGCCCACCGACGCCCGCCACAAGUACACUCGCACCGAGUUCGAUAGAAGUCCCGAGCAAAACGCCGCUCUUGGUCUCGGCGAAGAGGGCCCUGUCGACGGUCAAGACGCUCCCGCAACAGAGAUCAGACCCGAGUACCGCGCUGCUGACGGCCUCGUUGGCGGCGGCAACGAAGCACCAAGAACUGUCACAACCAACAAUGUCGAUGAUGAGGACAUCCGCGAAAACGAAGUCUACUCCUUCCCUGCCAGCUGUCCUGGAUGCACACGCCACUGCACAACCAACAUGAAGAUGGUCAAUAUCCCCUUCUUCAAGCAAGUCGUCCUCAUGAGCACCGUCUGUGAGCACUGCGGCUACCGCAGCAACGAAGUCAAGACUGGUGGUGAAGUUCCUGAGAAGGGCUCUAGAAUCACACUCCUAGUCAACACUCCCGAAGAUCUUGCUCGCGAUGUGCUAAAGUCUGAGAGUGCUGCUCUUCACUGCCCGGAGUUGGGCCUCCGCGUCGAACCUGGCACCCAAGGCGGUCGCUUCACCACCGUCGAAGGCCUUCUCACAAAUUUCCGUAAGGACCUCCGCGCUCAAGCCUUUGGUCUCGAAAACGGCGACGACGAGGAGGAAAUCCGCGCCGCUGCCGAUAGCAUGCAAAGCGACAAGAAGCGCACUUGGGAGGAAUUCUUCGCUACCCUUGGAGAAGCCAUCGAGGGCAAGAGACCUUUUACUGUGGUCAUCGAGGACCCCCUCGCUUCAUCGUAUGUUCAGAGUUACACUGCUCCUGCACCCGACCCGCAGAUCCAUGUCGAGGAGUACGAGCGUACCGAGGAGGAAGAGGAAGACUUGGGCUUGAAGGACAUCAACACUGAGGAUUAUGGAUACACGCAGACUGAGGAGAAGGCAGAGGCUACCACUACUGAAUGA